AUGAGUGAAAUUGAUUUGGGUAUUACUUGCGACAUGCAUGUGCAUGUCCGUGAAGGGGAUAUGUGUGAGUUGGUGACUCCUUCUAUCCGUGAUGGCGGUGUCUCUGUCUGCUAUGUGAUGCCUAACUUACAACCACCUAUUACCACUUUGGAUAGAGUGGUUGCGUAUAAGAAGAAAUUGCAAGAACUUGCUCCCGAGACCACCUUCUUAAUGAGUUUCUACUUGUCCCGUGAUUUGACUCCGGAAUUGAUCCAUGAAGCUGCCAGAGCCAAGGCUAUUCAAGGUGUGAAAUGCUAUCCUGCUGGUGUAACUACAAACUCAAGUGCUGGUGUUGAUCCAAACGAUUUUACUGCCUUCUAUCCUAUAUUCAAGGCUAUGGAAGAAGAACAUCUGGUCUUGAAUCUUCAUGGUGAGAAACCCUCAGUGGCCAAGGAAGAUAUCCAUGUUCUAAAUGCAGAAGAAUCAUUUCUACCGGCUCUGAAGAAAUUACACACAGAUUUCCCAAACUUGAAAAUUAUAUUGGAACAUUGCACAACUGAGGCUGCAGUAAAUGCCAUCGAGGAGAUUAACAAGAAUGUGACAAACAUAUCUGAUGUUAAAGUGGCCGCCACCUUAACAGCUCAUCACUUGUACUUAACAAUAGAUGACUGGGCCGGUAAUCCAAUUAAUUUCUGUAAACCAGUGGCAAAGUUGCCUAGAGACAGAAGAGCGCUAGUUGCUGCAGCAACCUCUGGCAAGCCAUACUUUUUCUUUGGCUCUGAUUCAGCACCUCAUCCUCUGGAGAUGAAAGGACGUCACAUUGGUGUCUGUGCUGGUGUAUACACUCAGUCACUAGCUAUCCCGUACGUUGCUCAAGUGUUCCAUGAAGCCAAUGCCAUGGAUAAAUUGAAGGGUUUUGUAUCCGAUUUUGGCUUGGCAUUCUACGAUGUACCACAAAGUGAAAUUAGAUCGACCCAGCACGCAAUCUUGUACAAACAAGAACAAACAGUUCAAGACACCAUUCAAGGAAAGAACAAUUUGAAGGUUGCUUUAUUUAAACCAGGUGAGAAAUUGGAUUUUUCUGUUAAGUGGCAAUAA